GGGGGUUCGCGUUUGCCUCUAUAUUAACACCUCAGGGCGUGGAAUUUGAGUCCAAGUUGUUCCCCUUGGCAGCCUGAGAUCCUCCAUCUUCUGCUGCUUAAAAGAUGGCUAUGAUCUUAGAUGCCUUUGUGGAAAGAUACGUUUACAAGCUUUUAGAAUUUGUGGAGGGAGAGAUGUCGAUGAUACUAGGUGUGGAGGACGAGCUCAAGAAGCUUCAGAAAAGAAUGGAGAGGAUAAGCGGGUUUCUGGAAUCAGCGGAGCGGAAGAGGCAUGCAGACCGAAAUAUCAAUAUGUGGGUGACAGAGUUGAAGGAUGUCAUGUACGAUGCGGACGAUAUCAUCGACCGUUGUAUGAUCGAGGGCAGGAGAUUGUUGGAAGAUCAUCCGUCCGAAUCACUGGUACGCCGUUCCUCAUCUUUGUUUUCUUGUUUUAGCUGCACCAAGUUCCGGCAUGAAAUUGGCAAUGAAAUUAUAAAACUUAAUGAUAGGCUAAAAGAGAUUGAUCAGGAUAGAUCAAACUUGCCUCCACUAGAAAACACAAAGCAAGAUGCUCGAGAGAGCAAAGUAAAUCCCCGUCAGACUUUUCCUAGUGUGGUCAAGUCUGAUAUUGUAGGGAUGCAAGUUGAAGAGGCUACUCAGGGUCUCGUGGAGUCACUAAUUAAGGAGGAUAAUAAAAAAUACCGAGUUUUGGGAAUUGUUGGGAUGGGUGGAAUAGGCAAGACGACUCUUGCUUCUAGCAUUUACAAUGAUGAAAGGAUGAAAGAGAACUUUUCUAUACGAAUAUGGGCAUGUGUUUCCAAGGAAUUUUCAGAAAUAAAAUUGCUAAAAGAUAUAAUUAGGGGUGCGGGUGGAGAGUAUAAGGAGGAUGAAACUAAGGCGGAGCUCGUACCCCGUCUUUCCUCUAUACUUUUAAAAAGAUUCCUUAUUGUAUUAGAUGAUGUAUGGGAGAAAGAUGUAUGGGACAAGUUGCUUAGAUAUGCUAUUGAAAAUGCAGCAGCUAGUGGUAAGAUUCUGAUUACUACUCGAAAUACAAACGUUGCUAGAAAUAUUGGCGCAAAGAUCCACCGUGCCAAUAAAAUGGAUAAUGACAGUUGCUGGAAAUUGCUUCACAAGAAUGUCUUUGGAGAUGAUGAUGACGAAGAGGAGAUCUCUAGUUUAAAAGAAAUCGGAGUUAAAAUUGUUGAAACAUGUGAUGGUCUUCCUCUUGCAAUCAAGGCCAUUGCAGGGGUUUUAAGGUCGAUGGAUAGCAGCACCAUAGAAUGGAAUAAGGUUCUUAAAAGUGAAGCAUGGUCUAUGAGCCAACUUCACGAAGAACUCCCAGGAGCUCUGUUUUUAAGCUAUGAAAAUUUGCCCUCGCAUCUCAAACAGUGUUUUCUUUAUUGCUCAUUGUAUCCUGAGGACUCUAGCAUGAAUCGUCGGGAUCUCAUUCGUUUUUGGGUGGCCGAAGGUUUUAUAAAAACAACACAGGGAGAUAUACUUAUGGAAGAUCUAGCAGAGGAUUACCUCAGAGAGUUAAUUUGGAGGAACCUUUUAGAUGGUCUCGAUAGUGACUUCUAUUGCAAAAUGCAUGAUCUGCUACGUUCCCUUGCUCUCUUUUUGAUAGGGGAUGAGAGCACUUUUCUUGGUGACGGGCAAUCACCUAAAAUAAACCCCUUGGCUAAAGUUCGUCGCUUGUCAAUGGUGAACAUGGGGGAGAGAAUAAAAAUACCUGAUGCAAUAAAACAGCAGAAGUGCUUGAGAACUCUUCUUCUAUUCGAGACUCAGAGACCCAAGAUAGUCGAGAAUGAACUUUUUGGAAGCUUGAGCCUUCUGCGAGUCCUGGGCCUAAACGACACGGGGCUUGAGAGCCUUCCAGUCUCUAUAAAAGAUCUUUUGCACCUAAGAUUUUUAGAUCUUGAUCGGACGAACAUUAGGGAGUUGCCAAAGUCCAUUGGAUGCCUCAUACACCUACAGGUAUUGAGGCUGUCAGGUUGUAAAUCCUUGCAUACUCUCCCUAAGGCCAUCACAAAAUUGUGCAAUCUAAGAUGCCUUUGUGUCGGAGGAACUCCAUUAACUCAUGUGCCAAAGGGAAUAGGCAAAUUAAAAGAUCUGAACCAUCUUCAAGGAUUUGUGAUCGGGCAUGAUGAUAGAAGAGAUGAUGAGGGGUGUGAUUUGAAGGAGCUGCAAUCUCUCUCCCAGCUGAGAUUCCUGGAGAUAAACAGAUUGGAGAGGACACAACCAGCGGGAGCUCCGGUAUUCGCAAACAGCCGCUUUCUGAAGACACUGAUUUUGAAUUGCAAAGAACAGGAAGAUGACGCAGAAGCAACCGCAAUCCAGAGAAUUGACACCAUUUACAAUGACCUGUCUCCUCAAUCCACCCACCUACACAGACUUGUGAUCAGUUACUUCUUUGGUAGUAGAUUUCCCAGCUGGAUGAUGUCAACUUCCUUGCAUGUCUCUUUUCCUAACCUGACGGAGAUAAGACUCUCUGUUUGUAAAUCAUGUCCGCAACUUCCUCCACUGGGCCUGUUGCCCCACCUGAAAUCCCUUUACAUUUUCGGAGCAGAUUCAAUCAAAACCAUCGGACCUGAAUUUCUUGGCCCCCGUGCAUCAUCAGCAGCGACUUCAUUUCCCAAGCUUGAAGAGCUGGCAUUUCGCUGGAUGUCCAACUGGGAAGAAUGGUCGUUUGGUAUGGUGGAGGGGGUUGGUGAAGAAAGAAGAGGAGCCCCCAAGUUGCUACCUUGUCUAACGAAGUUGGAACUUGAUUACUGUCCCAAGCUGAGAGCUCUUCCUCCACUGGGCCUGUUGCCCCAGCUGACAUUCCUUGCGAUUGGAGCAGGUGCAAUCAAAACCAUCGGACCUGAAUUUCUUGGCCCCCGUGCAUCGUCAGGAGCGACUUCAUUUCCCAAGCUUGAAGUGCUGCGGUUUUCUAGCAUGUCCAACUGGGAAGAAUGGUCGUUUGGUAUGGUGGAGGGGGUUGGUGAAGAAAGAAGAGGAGCCCCCAAGUUGCUGCCUCGUCUCACGAAGUUGAAACUUUUGGUAUGUCCCAAGCUGAGAGCUCUUCCAGAAGGCCUACGGCAUGCCACCAAUUUACAGGAAUUGAAUAUCUAUAGAGCCGACAACCUAAAAGAAAUCAACAACCUUCCCUCACUGAAAUCUCUGGAAAUAGAGGAGUGCCCAAGGUUGGAGCACGUGAAGAAUCUUGAUAAGUUGCUAUUCCUGAGAGUACGUUUAUCUUAUUCCACAGAGACAUCCACCACCGAUGCUGAUGGACAGACAGAGUGCCUCCCACAGUGGUUAUUGGAGCUGCUCCAAAAUUCUCCGGCUACUCUGCCCAAUCUAAAACUAUUUGAUCUAAAGUGCAGCCUACCACUCCUUGAUACCUUCCUUAAGGACGGCCCCAACUGGCCCAUCAUUCAGUCGAUCCCCCAGGUCGAGAUCAGAAGUUAUCCAUCUCCACAUUAUCUUGAGUUAUAUAUUCAGUAUACAAAGGACCCUCCCACUUUCAAAACCAAUGUGGUGGAAUCACAAGAAUCUGUGGAUUGUUAAAGCAAGGGUCCACAUGCAAGCAUCCUCUUGUGCCAUUGAGAAAGCAAUGCUCGUGUUUCUUUCUCGAGGACAGAGGAUCACUGGGUGCUCGGGAUUUUCCCUAUCUUUCGCUUGAUGCUUUUUUCCCCUCCUUUCAUGGUUUCAUUGUUUGAUUUAAACCUUUCUGUUGGAUUUUAUUUUGCCCUCUGUAAUUUUUAUUUUCUGGAGUUCCGAAACAUUUGUAAUUUCCUUUUCCUGUUGUUUUGAUGACAUUAUCAUUUGCUGGUGUGUAACUUCUAGAAAUUUGUAUGCAAUAAAUCAGCAGUCUUGAUCC